AUGGAGAGCGUGCAGAAGACACUUGCCACGGAGAGUGUGCAGAAGACCCUUUGCCACGGAGAGCGUGCAGAAUACACUUACCACGGAGAGCGCACAGACGACACUUAUCAUGGAGAGCGCACAGAAGACACUUACCAUGGAGAGAGUACAGAAGACACUUACCAUGGAGAGAGUACAGAAGACACUUACCAUGGAAAUGAUACCAGGGAUGUACCCAAAUCUAAAUUGAUUGAUGAUAUAUUUCACAAGUCUAAAGAAUUUUUUAGUUUGCCAAAUGAAGUCAAAAGGAAGUAUCUUUUACAACCUGGAUGUUACCAUGGUUACUGCGAAUAUAGAAAAGAGGCGUGGGUUAUACUUGGUGAGGAAAUCAGUGAUUUCCAGUCAACUCUAGACAAUUUCUUUGAGAAAUGUCAACAAUUGGCGAUGCGUGUAUUGGAGAUCAUAGCCAGAGGGUUCAAUGCAGAGGAUCCUCUUAUCUUUGUGAAAGAACAUAAAUAUUGUGGAACCACUGAGAAUAAAACUGCCUUGAGAUUGGCAUGGUAUCCUGCUAUCGCUGAUGGUGAGGAUAUCAAAAAGGAUCAGGUCAGAUGUGGGGAGCAUUCCGAUUAUGGUUCCAUUACACUUCUUUUACAAGAUGACCUAGGUGGUCUCCAGGCUCAAACCCAAGAUGGUAAGUUCAUUGAUGUACAUCCAAUCAAAGACAGUAUAGUCGUAAAUGUUGGUGCCUUACUUCAAAGGUGGACGGCAGAUAAGCUUCAUUCACCGGUUCAUCGUGUUGUUAUACCAGAGAAAGGACGAUCGUCCAGUCGACAAUCAAUUCCAUUUUUUGUUUUUCCUGAUGACAUGUAUGAAGUCAAAUGUAUGGAUGGGAGUGACAAGUAUCCACCAAUCACAGCGGACGCUUAUCUUCAUUUAAGACAUGAUGCAACCAGUUUAUAGUGCCAAGGUGUACUUGCCAUCAUCACCG